AUGGGAGCCUGGAUUCCGGCCUGGAUGCAGAACGUGCCUGUCGCGACCAAUGUGCUGGCUGGUGUCACUCUCGCGUCCUAUGGGUUGAACUGGCUCACUGAAGAGCGCUUGGAAGACGCCCCGCGAUGGUUCAUCAGGCUGUGUAGUGCCAACCUGCUCAUCGCGGGCUUGUUCCACCUCGGAAUGGGUGCAGUCUUAUUUGGCAGCGUCGGUUCUUGGCAUAUUCCUCCCGAGAUCAUGUUGCUCGUCAAAUCGCAUGCUGGUGCGCAGCUUUUUGCUCCUUAUUACGCCAUUCAGAUGGUGACCAUGCCUCUGGCUGUGACUUGCAUGACCAGCUACGCCAGAUACGACGCGCACAAUCAGCUCCUUCCUUUGCUAUAUGCGGGCCUUGCCACGUACUGCUUUGCGACGCCAUACGACGCCGCAGCAUGGGCGGGGUCCUGCACAUUGGCAUGCAUUUGGUUUUAUACCGAAGCCAAGGAGCUGCGGCAGGCCGAAACGGCAACGCUGCGAGCAUGGAAUCAGAACAUGGGCAUGGAGAGGCAAUCCGACGUGGUACAAAUUGCCUGCAAGUCCUUCGACGCAUACUUGUUCUGGAUGGCCGGUGUGCAGGUGGUCAUCAUCAGCGGCGGCGUUGGCGGUAUCGUCCCGUUAGAUUUUUGCCAUGCGGCUUGUGCACUGACUACUGCAGUCGGCCUCGUUGGCACAACACGCCCGUUGUUGAGGGACUCGCAGAAGCUCAAGCAGAUUCUUGCCAUCCAGAGUGCCUUGGUUCGCCUAGAGUUUAAGGGUUUAGGGGUACCCGGCAGUCGCAAUAGGCCUGGAUGCAAAAAGGGCCGAGUAUGUACCUCACCAUGUCAAUGA